AUGCUGGCCUCUUUGCUUAUUGCGUUCAGUACCUCGGUGCCUUUGGUUGGAGUUGGUCGAAUCAUCAUUAACAACUUCUUUAGUGUUCCUCCUUUGCAAAUAACGAAGAGCAAGGAUGUGAUCCAGUCGUUGAUUUCCACGUUGGGCGCGACGUCAAAAUAG